AUGGCAAAGCAGCAUACCGGGUUCGGAUCAGACCACACGGCAGGGCGGGCAGGCCUAUUCCCAACUAAACCCGCGGCGGCGGCGGCAGCGUCCUGGCCUGAGGUCGACGCCGUCGCCACGGCGGCGGAGUGCGUCGACCAGCGGCGCUUCCGUCGGAGGAUAUCGAACCGAGAGUCCACGCGGCGGUUCCGCGCGCGGAAGCAGCGCCACCUCGACGAGCUCAGGGACAGCGCGGCGCUCCUGGAGCGCGGGAAUCGCGACCUGGCGGCGCAAUGCACAGUCAGAAAAGGUGCUGUGGUUCGUGGCACCAAAAUCACGGAGUUCAUUACGUCCACGAUCCAAUGUUUUCUCAUGACGAGCUCUGCACUGUACGCCGUGUUUCCAUUAGGUCUUCGCUAA